UGCCGGCUGUCAUUCGUCUCGAUUCUACCAGCUGAAUCAGUUCGAUUUCUGAGUGCGAAACGGCAAGAUGUAUCAUUUCGUGAGCGGAAUUCUGUUGACGUUGCUGCUGACUGCGGCGCUGUUCCUGACGCCGCCCACUGAAGCCGCUGUGUUACGUGGCCUCUUCGCGAAUGAGAAGUAUCCCGGCAAGUGUUAUGUGUCGGAAAAUCUCAUCUUGAGCUCGGGCGAACAAGCCAAAUAUCCCGAAAUGGACUGUGCUCGUAUUAUAUGUGGCAGCGAAAGCUGGGCCGAAAUUCACACCUGCGGCGUUGAGGUCCCCCCACCAGGCUUUCAGUUUGGCAAUGUGAAGAAUCCCAAUGCCGAUUACCCCAAAUGCUGUGAACGUGAAUUGAUUAAAGCCAAGUAAAGCUAAAAUACUUAAUAAAGGCUUUUGCCUACAUAUCUAUAACUAAACAAUAUUCUGUGUGCUUGUUCUUCUAGAGACUGCACAGCAAAGCACAUGUCGAGCAUCUAAAAAUAAAAUAAACAAAAACGAAAACAAAAACAAAAACAAAAAGCAAA